CCUAAACCCCAUGUAUUCAAUUGUAGAAAUAUAUAAACCCUAAUUCUCUACCGUCUUCAUUUGGUUGCUAUUGCUGUAGCUUCUUCUUCUUUGCCUUUUUCGAACUUACUGAAGCUAUGGGUAAAGUGAAGGGAAAGCAUAGAUUAGAUAAGUACUAUCAAUUAGCCAAAGAACACGGCUACCGUUCUCGAGCAUCAUGGAAAUUAGUUCAGCUCGAUUCCAAAUUCUCCUUCCUAAAAUCAGCCCACGCCGUUCUCGACCUUUGCGCCGCUCCCGGUGGUUGGAUGCAAGUCGCGGUACAACGUGUUCCCGUCGGCAGCCUCGUGCUGGGCCUCGAUCUCGUUCCCAUCGCUCCUAUACGAGGUGCUGUCGCUCUCCAACAAGACAUAACUAAAUCCGAAUGCAAAUCCAAGGUUAAACGGGUGAUGGAAGAACAUGGUGUUAUGGCUUUUGAUGUUAUUUUGCAUGAUGGGUCACCUAAUGUUGGUGGAGCUUGGGCUCAAGAAGCAAUGAGUCAAAAUGCUUUGGUUAUUGAUUCUGUUAAGUUGGCUACCCAGUUUUUAGCCCCUAAAGGCACUUUUGUUACCAAGAUUUUUAGGUCCCAAGAUUACAGUUCUGUUCUUUAUUGUCUCAAACAGUUAUUUGAGAAGGUUGAAGUUGAUAAACCAGCAGCUAGUCGUUCAGCAUCAGCUGAGAUUUAUCUUUUGGGUUUAAAGUAUAAAGCCCCUGCAAAGAUUGAUCCACGUCUUCUUGAUGUUAAACAUUUGUUUCAAGGAUCAACAGAGCCACAAAAGAAGGUGAUUGAUGUACUUAGGGUAUCGAAACAAAAGAGACACCGUGAUGGUUAUGAAGAUGGAGAGACAAUCUCGAAGAAGGCGUCUACUGCUGCUGACUUCAUUUGGUCCGAUUCUCCUCUCGAAAUCCUUGGUUCGGUUACUUCCAUAACCUUUGCGGAUCCGGCUUCAUUGCCUAUUAAGGAUCACAGCUCCACCACAGAAGAGGUCAAAGCUCUUUGCGAUGAUUUGCGUGUUUUAGGAAAGCAAGAUUUCAAGUACCUUUUGAAGUGGCGGAUGCAAUUGAGAAAAGCUUUGUCUCCUGAAAAGGCUACUCCUACUCCUACUCCUAGUACUGUUACUGAUGUCAAUAAAGGGGAUGAGGAGAAUGAAGAUGAUAAGUUACUCAAUGAGAUGGAGGAGCUCACGUAUGCCAUGGAGCGUAAGAAGAAAAGAGAGAAGAAGCUUCUCGCAAAAAGACAGGCAAAGGACAAAUCACGGAAGGCAACGGGAAUGCAAAUCGAUGCCCUGGAAGACGGUUAUGUUGAUCAUGAGUUGUUUUCUCUUUCUUCUAUUAAGGGUAAGAAAGAUCUUGCGGCUGUUGAUUCCAACGAGUAUGAUGAUGGGAAUGUUGAUGUAAGGGGUAGCGAAGAUGAAGAAAACCAAGAGAACACUGAAGAUGAGUCAUUCAGUGAUAUCGAUUCUGACGAAGAACGAAGAAGAUAUGAUGAAAGAAUCGAAGAGAUCCUUGAUCACGCUUAUGAAGAGUAUGCGGCCAAAAAGGACGGGAAAACAAAGCAGAGGAAGCGUGUGAAACAAGCCUAUGAGCAAUUGCAGGGUGGUGAUGACGAUGAUGUUAUGAUUUCCGAUCAUGAUUCAGACAAGGAUGUGGCUGAUCUUGAAGCAAAUCCUCUUAUGGUAUCACUAGACAAUGGGGAAGGACCAACUGAGGAGGAAAUUACAAACAGGUGGUUCAGUCAGGAUAUUUUUGGUGAAGCUGUGGAGCAGGGGGAUUUAGGGAAGUAUGACAGUGGUGAUGAAAUGGAGGUCGAUAAUCGAGAUGAAAAGCCGGUUAUUCCUGAGAAGUCGAAAGCAAAGAAAAAGCAGGAUGAAAAAACUUCUAUUCCUGACAAGGCCAAGGAGAAGAAAGUAAACAAUGCUGCCGGCCCCAAAAGCACCAAACUCCAGGGUGCUUCUAAAGCAGAGGACGAUUUUGAGAUUGUCCCAGCACCGGCUACAGAUUCAAGUGACGACUCAUCUUCAGAUGACUCAGAGGAUGACGAUGUUGAAACGAAAGCUGAGAUAUUAGCUUGUGCUAAGAAGAUGCUAAGGAAAAAGCAAAGGGAUCAAAUUCUUGAUGAUGCUUAUAAUAAAUAUAUGUUUGAUGAUGACGGUUUACCGAAAUGGUUCUUAGAGGAGGAAAAGAGGCAUCGCCAACCAAUUAAGCCCGUUACAAAAGAAGAGAUUGCUGCAAUGCGUGCACAAUUCAAAGAGAUCAAUGCUCGACCAGCUAAGAAAGUUGCAGAGGCAAAAGCUCGAAAGAAGCGGAUUGCAAUGAAAAAGCUCGAAAAGGUACGGCAGAAAGCAAACAGUAUUUCAGACCAAGCUGACAUCUCCGAAAGGUCAAAGAGGAAGCAAAUUGAACAACUCUACAAGAAGGCUACACCCAAAAAGCCCCAAAGGGAAUACGUGGUCGCGAAGAAAGGGGUUCAAGUUAGGGCUGGCAAGGGGAAAGUCCUUGUUGAUCGACGGAUGAAGAAGGAUGCUAGGGCACGAGCAACGGGUAAAUCCGGAAAAGGCAGUUCAAAGAAGGGAAAGAAUGGUAAAGCUGAUAAGAAAGGUAAAGGUUCUAGCAAGGCUUCAGGGAGGAAGGGAAACAAAAACAAAGGUGGCCAUGCAUGAAAGAACAAGUUUUGAAAGAUGCAAUUUUAGAUAAAAAAUUGAACAAUAAAUUACAUUUAGGAACUGUUUUCUUUUGUUGUGGUUGACACCUGAUAGAUUAAAUUGAAAGUACGAUGCUUUUUUGAGUGUUUGCUGAUUCAAAGUGUAAUUUGCCUGUUCCAUUUGCGGCAUAAAUAUUGCCGUUUAUCUAUUGGCAGUCAAUUUUGUUAUGUA